AUGACCAUCUACACAAGAAUGAAGGGGAUCACUGUCCCUCUCGCUGGGUUUGAGAGCGCUCCUGGCCAGCUCUUGAUGGUGGCCUGCUCCUCCCAGAAGUGGUCUGUUGCUGCACCUCAGUGGAUAAUCGUCGGAAGGGCCUGCCUGAGCAACAACACAGAAUAUCAGAAACCGGACAACCGCGGCACAGCCCAUCCGGAUCGCACGCAGGACAAGAUGAAAAAUGUCACACACCACCUGACAUCAUUCCCACACGACAACUGUGGCGCGUUGCUGGGGGGGCACCAAACCCAGCUGAGAACCAUCGGCCGGUCCCUGGAGGGAUUCGCUGCCAGCCUUGCCAGCAUCACAUCUCAGCUGCAGCAGUUGCAGCUGAGCCAGGAUAACCGCCCCUCGCCGCCCGCUGCAGCCCCCCCAUCUGCUCCUACUGUACCCCCUAACCGGGAGCCCCGUCUGCCACCUCCCGAGUCAUACACGGGGAAUCCGGGAACCUGUCGGGAGUGGGGCACUGCGGUUUGGGACGCCGGCGUCCCUUUCUGCCGUUCCUUCGCGGCCUUUGCGGAGGAGAUGAAGAGGGUCUUCGAUCGAUCCAGACAUGGUCGCGAGGCUGCGAGGGAGAUGCUCUUGAUUCGCCAGGGGCGUCGGUCAGUGUCGGACUUUGCCAUUGACUUCCGCACUCUCGCUGCCUCCAGCGGCUGGAAUACGGAGGCUCGAUACGACGUCUUUCUCCACGCCGCUCUGCUCAUCGGGGGCCAGCCCCACGCCGUCUCAGUGCUACUCGAUUCGGGGGCUGACGGGAGUUUCAUCGAUGCCGGUCUGGCAGCCCAAUUGCAGCUGCCCCGUGUCCCGCUGCGCUCACCGCUAGAAGCCCACGCCAUCACCGGGGCCCCGCUGGUCCGCAUCACUCACGCCACCCCUCCUGUGAGCUUCCUCAUCUCCGGCAACCAUCGCGAGGAGAUCGUUCUACACAUACUAGACACCCCACAAGCUUCCGUGGUCCUGGGCCAUCCCUGGCUCGCUCGGCACAACCCUCACCCUCCGCAUCGCCCCUACGACUGCGCGAUCGACCUCCUGCCCGGCUCCUCACCCCCAAGGGGGGGCCUGUACUCCCUGUCCCCGCCAGAGAGGGAGGCCAUGGAUCGCUACAUCCGAGAGUCUUAAGCUGCCGGGAUCAUCCGCCCGUCCUCCUCGCCUGCCGGGGCUGGAUUUUUCUUCGUAGGGAAGAAGGACGGCUCCCUCCGUCCCUGCAUUGAUUACCGUGGUCUCAACGCCAUCACCGUUAAGAAUCGCUACCCCCUACCGCUCCUGUCCACUGCUUUCGAGUCGCUGCAAGGGGCCACCGUCUUUACUAAACUCGACCUCCGCAACGCCUACCACCUGAUCCGUAUCCGUGAGGGAGACGAGUGGAAGACUGCUUUCAACACUUCUUCCGGGCACUAUGAAUAUCUGGUCAUGCCAUUCGGUCUGACGAAUUCCCCAGCUGUGUUCCAGUCGCUGGUAAACGAUGUCCUCCGUGACAUGCUGAACCAGUAUGUGUUCGUUUACCUGGACGACAUACUCGUCUUCUCCCGUUCCUUACCCGAACACGUCCAGCAUGUCCGUCGGGUUCUCCAGCGCCUGCUGGAGAACCACCUGUAUGUCAAGGCAGAGAAAUGCGAAUUUCAUCGGGACACCGUCUCUUUCCUGGGUUUCGUGAUCACGGCGGGUAACAUCCAAAUGGACCAGCAGAAGGUGCGAGCGGUAGAGGAGUGGCCUCGCCCCACUUCCCGUCGAGAGCUGCAGCGCUUCCUCGGCUUUGCUAACUUUUACCGCCGCUUCAUUCGAAAUUACAGUACGAUAGCGGCUCCCCUCACUGCCUUGACAUCUGUCAACAGGGCAUUUACCUGGUCCCCGGGAGCAGAGGAGGCGUUCCGCAACCUGAAGGGCCGCUUCACUUCAGCGCCCAUUCUGACCCAGCCCGAUCCUGCCCGGCAGUUCAUCGUGGAGGUGGAUGCCUCAGACGUGGGAGUGGGGGCAGUCCUGUCUCAGCGCUCUGCCACCGACAGCAAACUCCACCCCUGCGCUUACUACUCCCAUCGCCUCUCGCCCACGGAGCGCAAUUACGACAUCGGCGAUCGGGAGCUACUAGCAGUUAAACUGGCGCUGGAGGAGUGGAGGCAUUGGCUGGAGGGGGCAAAGACGCCGUUCCUGGUAUGGACAGAUCAUAAGAACUUGGAGUAUAUCAGGUCGGCUAAGCGUCUGAACCCCCGACAGGCCCGCUGGUCUCUGCUUUUUUCCCGGUUCAACUUUACUCUGUCCUACCGACCGGGAACCAAGAAUGGGAAACCCGACGCCCUGUCUCGCCAGUUCGCGCCAGCAGACGAGACUCCGGAACCCAGCACCAUUUUACCUGCCCGAUGCUUGGUUGCAGCGGCACAAUGGGACAUUGAGAACGUCGUCCACGCCGCCCUCCGGACCGAACCGGGUCCUAGCUCCUGCCCUCCUAAUCGCCUCUUUGUUCCGCGUUCUGUCCGCUCUCAGGUCUUGCAAUGGGGGCACUCGUCCAGACUCGCCUGCCAUCCCGGCGCCAGACCGCAGGUUAAGCGGCUCGCCGAUCGCCACCGUUCCAGAGCCCCCCGCUAUCGCUUGGGUCAGCGGGUGUGGCUUUCCACUAGGGAUCUUCCCCUCAGGACGGAUUCCCGCAAGCUCACACCCCGCUACAUCGGCCCCUUUCCUAUUGCCAAGGUGAUUGGUCCCGUAGCGGUUCGGCUCAAGCUCCCGCUCUCGCUCCGUCGGAUCCACCCCACCUUCCAUGUCUCCAGAGUCAAGCCUGUCAGGAUUACCAGCUUCCUCACAGACAGGAAGCAGCAAGUGAGGCGGGGGAAACUCACAUCCAUUACCCAGACAGUCAGCACUGGGACCCCACAGGGUUGUGUGCUGUCCCCACUGCUCUUCUCCCUUAACACUAAUGACUGCACCUCCAGGGACCCCUCGGUCAAACUCUUGAACUUAGAGCUGAACACGUUCAAGACAGUGGAGAUGAUGGUGGACUUCAGAAGGAAUCCGCCACCCCUGACCCCCCUCACCAUACUUGGCAGUGCUGUCUCAGCCGUGGAGACCUUCAGGUUUCUGGGAACUGUAAUCUCCAAAGACCUGAAGUGGGAGAUCAACACCACCUCCAUUGCAAAAAAGGCCCAGCAGAGGAUAUACUUCAUGUGCCAACCUGCCACAAGAUCUGCUAGUUCUACACAGCAACCAUCAAGUCUGUUCUCACAACCUCCAUAA